AUGAGUUCAAUAGGAACAGGGUAUGAUUUAUCAGCUUCUCAAUUUUCACCGGACGGAAGGGUAUUUCAAGUUGAGUAUGCGAUGAAAGCAGUGGAAAAUAGUGGUACAGUUAUAGGACUUAAAGGGACUGAUGGAAUCGUACUAGCUGCAGAAAAACUUAUUUUAUCAAAACUUCAUGAACCCUCUACCAACAGGAGGAUCUUCAACAUUGACAGACACAUAGGCAUGGCAUUUUCAGGGUUGAUAGCAGAUGCCCGACAAAUAGUGGAAAUAGCUAGGAAGGAAGCAGCCAACUACAGGAGUCAGUAUGGCACUAAUAUACCUUUGAAAUACUUGAAUGAUAGAGUCAGUAUGUAUAUGCAUGCUUACACAUUAUACAGUGCUGUAAGGCCAUAUGGAUGCAGUGUUAUAUUAGCCAGCUAUGAUGAGAAUGAACCUCAAAUGUAUUUGAUAGAUCCAUCUGGAGUCAGUUAUGGUUUUCAUGGAUGUGCUACUGGUAAAGCUAAACAAUCAGCCAAAACAGAAAUAGAGAAGUUGAAACUUGGCAACAUGACUUGUAAAGAUAUAGUUAAGGAAGCAGCAAAAAUAAUUUACAUUGUUCAUGAUGAACUCAAAGACAAAAAUUUUGAAUUGGAACUGUCUUGGGUGUGCAAAGAUAGUAAUGGGUUACAUGUCAAAGUUCCAGAAUCUGUAUAUGCUGAUGCUGAAAGAGCAGCUAAACAAGCAAUGGAAGCUGACUCAGAGUCAGACACUGAGGAUAUGUGA